CUCAGCCCGAGAAGCCAAACGGCCACCACCCCCAACAUGCGCGGCACCGCCCUCUCGCUCGCCCUGUUCGGCCUCGCCCUCGCGGCACCGACGACAGAGCAGCCGAUCGAGUCGCGGCAAAAGGGCGGCAUCAUCAAGAUCGGCGAGCCGGGCUCGGGCGGCAUGAAGCCGUCGCAGCCGGGCGACGACUGCAACAAGCAGAUCUGGGACCAGACGGGCUACUGCGUCAUCCUGGGCCCCGUCAUCACGCCGUCGGCGACCACCAAGUCCCGACGCGACGACAUCAACCUCGGCGGCGACAAGAACGCCGACCUCAAGGCGGCCAUCAAGCAGGCGCAGCUGGAGCUGCAGGCGCUGCAGGCCAAGAAGAACCCGACGCGCGCCGACAAGAAGCGCAUCGAGGCGCUGCAGUACUUUAUCGAGAAGACGUCGGGCGUCAUCAAGAUUGUCCCGCCGUCGGGCGGCGGCUCGACGGUGCUGCUGCCGGGGAGGAUGGCGAUCAAGAGGGACGGCGGCGGCAAGUCGGGCAGCAGCCCCUGCCUGAUCGACCUGGAAAAGUACGCCAAGGAGCUGCAGGAGUUCCUGCUGUCGUUCCCGCCCUGGGAGCGCGCCCGCAUCUGGGCCCAGCUCAUCCAGGGCGUCUGCGGCAUCCAGACGGGGCCCAUCCUCCCGGACCCGACCACCCCGGGCGGGCCCAUCAAGCCGGACCCCGUGACGUCGGGCGCGCCGCUGAAGCCGGGCAAGGUGUGAGGGAGAUGGGGAGAUGGGGAGAUGGGAUGGGGGGGAGCUGAGAGGUGUGAUGACGGUGUUGAUGAUGGUGACAAGGGCUCGGGCAGACAGGGAGCAACGUGGAUGGAGCCCACAUAUGUGAACCACUACAUUUCCUUUCUUUUUCCUAUAGCGAUUUACCCAAAAGGC